CAAGCUGGUUGCUGGCAGCCAAAAGCUGUCAUCACCUCUCCUUCCUAUAUAUAGCAGUUCCCCAUUCGAUGGUGCAACUUCCAAGACUCCCUCUGACCACUGGUUGGAUUAAAUGCUGCUUCAGCGAAGGCGAGAACAACCGUUCGAAACGGAUGCAUUUAGCCGGUCCCUGGGUUUAACUGAAAGCACUUGAUCGAUCGUGGUGAUGGGGACUGUCAGCGAGCUUUGUGCGUCCAGCUUUCAGGCUUUCCUGUGCCCAAGUCCGAAUGCGAACGCAGUGUCCACCGACCUGACUCCAGAAGAGCAGGAAGAGCUCGCAAACAUUCGCCGACGCAAGGAAGAGCUCCUGGCUGACAUUCAGCGGCUGAAGGAUGAGAUAGCAGAGGUUACGAAUGAGAUUGAAAACCUGGGUUCGACAGAAGAGAGAAAAAACAUGCAACGGAAUAAGCAAGUAGCAAUGGGCCGUAAGAAAUUCAACAUGGACCCUAAGAAGGGGAUUCAGUUCCUGAUUGAGAACGAGCUAUUGAAGAACACGCAGGAAGACAUCGCACAGUUUUUGUACAAAGGAGAGGGACUAAACAAGACUGCGAUUGGGGAUUACCUUGGAGAGAGGGAUGACUUCAACAUCAAAGUACUGCAUGCAUUUGUAGAGCUUCAUGAAUUCACGGACUUGAACCUGGUGCAGGCCUUGCGGCAGUUCCUCUGGAGCUUUCGGUUACCUGGAGAGGCACAGAAAAUUGACCGUAUGAUGGAAGCUUUUGCACAGCGAUACUGUCAAUGUAACCCUGGAGUCUUUCAAUCAACAGAUACGUGCUAUGUACUGUCAUUUGCUAUUAUUAUGUUGAACACCAGUCUACACAACCCAAACGUUAAAGACAAGCCCACAGUGGAAAGAUUCAUUCUCAUGAACCGAGGAAUAAAUGACGGUGGUGACUUACCAGAAGAACUCUUAAGAAAUCUCUAUGAUAGUAUUAAGAAUGAACCCUUCAAAAUUCCAGAAGAUGAUGGGAAUGAUUUGACUCACACAUUCUUCAAUCCAGACCGAGAGGGCUGGCUCCUCAAAUUGGGUGGAAGAGUGAAAACGUGGAAAAGACGUUGGUUUAUUCUGACUGACAACUGCUUGUACUACUUUGAAUAUACCACGGACAAAGAACCCAGAGGAAUUAUUCCACUUGAAAACCUUAGCAUCCGAGAGGUGGAAGACUCCAAAAAGCCCAAUUGCUUUGAGCUCUACAUUCCAGAUAACAAAGACCAGUUUAUUAAAGCUUGCAAAACUGAGGCUGAUGGACGAGUGGUGGAAGGGAAUCAUACAUUUUACAGGAUAUCUGCACCAACCCCAGAGGAGAAAGACGAGUGGAUGAAAUGCAUCAAAGCUGCAAUCAGUAGAGACCCCUUUUAUGAGAUGCUAGCAGCAAGAAAGAAGAAAGUUUCCUCAACGAAGAAGCAUUAAGAGGAUGGCAUACAACAUGGAUCAAAUUAAUACCCUUCUGACAUUGGCCAAGUGACCUAAGGAGGUCCAUUUUUGGGUGUCAAUAUCCACAGUGCAUUCUGGGGCUACCUAUGUGCUUGUGCUGGAGAAUGUGCUGAAAGUUGGAAGGUUCCUCUGACCUUCUGUUACCUACUCCUCAAAUAAUGAGGAAAUAAUUUUUAUUCAGCAAUCUCUCAAUAUUUCCCUCUACACAGCUGGUCUGAUUGUGGAGUCGAGGGCCACUACCUUACCUCCUCAAAGCUUUAUAUUCAUUCUUGUCAACAAUCUCUUGAUUUUAAUUAACAUUUUUGUUGCAAGGGUUUAUGAUUCUUUCAGCCAUAUAUGAGGGACUGCCAUCACUGAAUAUUCAUGUCAAUUCUGGUAAAGUGAGUGGAAAGCCAUGAAAAUUGUCCAUCACUGGAAGUUGGCGACGUCAGCACAGCCAAUGCAAAGCUUGAUUGAUGGUGGAACUGUGGCUGUGAUCAUGCUUCGGGAGGAUACAAAGGCAUUCGAUCAGUCAGUCCAGUUUGAUGAGAGCGAGAAGAUGCUUGGUGACAUGUCAUUUACAAAGUGAAGACACUCCUGGAGAGAAGCCAACCAUAUUAUUACAGAGAAUAUUGUACAAAACAAAUAGUCUGUCCAUCAGAUAAUAAAUACAUUUUGAGUUGAUUUUCUAUUGCAAUCUUUUUAAUAGAAAUUUUACUUUCCCAUUCUGUUUGCCAUAUUUCAAUGCACUGGUAGACAAUUGCAGAAAAAAGAUGACUAAGCAGUAUUGGUCUAUUUAUCAGAGCUGUAUAUACUUAAUGUAUAGAUUUCCUUUUCGAUUAUUUUGUAUUUGUUCAGCUGGUUUUACGUUUGUAAUGGUAAAUCGGUGUGUCAGUAUUUUUUCAUUCAUUGCCAUUCAUACUUGUAAUCCAGUACUGACAAACCAGGUCAAAUAAAUCAAACUCUAUAUAACCAA